AUGACAUCCCUCAACAUCCUCGUCGUCGGCGCCGGCCUCUCCGGCCUUGCAACAGCCAUUUCCUGCGCGCAGUCCGGCCACACCGUCACCGUCCUUGAGCAAGCCGUCGAGCUCGCUGAGGUCGGUGCCGGGCUGCAAGUCACCCCCAAUGCCUCGCGGCUCUUCAAACACUGGAAUCUCCGAGAGUCUCUCUGGCGCGAGGCGCCUGAGCCCAAGACCCUCACUGUCCAUCGGUAUACAGGCGACGUCCUCGCCCAUGACGCCUCGUUCGACAAGCACAUCCGGGCGCACUAUGAUGCGCCGUUUGUGGAUGUCCACCGAGUCGAUCUCCAGCAGGCGCUGUACGCGCGAGCUAAGGAGCUCGGCGUGACCGUUGUUCUGGCGGAGCGGGUGAAGAGCAUCGUCGAUGCGCGGGAAGCCGAGAAGAACACUGCGACGGUGGUCACGGAGUCGGGGAAGACGUACACAGCAGACCUCGUUGUCGCAGCGGAUGGGCUGUGGUCGAGAUGUCGUGAGUGCCUGCAUAACCGCAAAGAUGAGCCUCUGCCUACCGGUGAUCUGGCGUACCGAAUCGUGUUGCACGUUGACCAGAUCUCUGAUCCGAAACUGCGGGCAUUCGUGCAAAAUCCCCAGGUGCAUUUCUGGAUUGGACCGGGGGCUCACGUUGUUUCGUACUCUAUGCGUGGCGGCGAUAUGAUCAACAUUGUGCUCCUUGUGCCGGAUAAUCUGCCUCCUGGGGUGUCGAGAGAAGCGGGCUCGGUAGAGGAGAUGAGAGGCUUGUUCAAGGGGUGGGAUCCUGUCCUGACACAAUUCCUCUCAUACGUCGAUAAAGUCGACAAGUGGAAACUCAUGCACAACGCCGAAAUGGCUACCUGGAUUAACCCCUCCUCAACCCUCGUCUUCGUCGGCGACGCCUGCCACCCCAUGCUCCCGUACCUAGCGCAAGGCGCAAACUCCUCACUGGAAGACGGUGCCGUCCUUGGCGGUCUGUUAGGCCAUCUAACGAGCAAGUCGCAGCUCCCUCGGAUCCUAAAGCUGUACGAGUCCCUGCGCAAGAACAGAGGUGAGGCCAUUGUGCGCGAGACAUUCAAGCAGCGCCACGACUUCCAUCUCCCAGAUGGCGAAGAGCAGCAGAAGCGAGACGAGCUUUUCAAAUCCCAGCUGGGGAAGGAGGAAAUUGUGCUUGCGGAAUUGGGAGAGCGCGGGUUCCCUAGUCGAUGGACAUGCCCGAAAGUUCAACCAUGGCUCUAUGGGUAUGACGCCGUCAAGGAAGUGCAGAACGCUGUUGCGGCGAAUCCAGACAUCUUCGGGUCUGGUUCAAGGAAGGGGCUAAGAUCAGGUCAGCCGCUACUCUCUUGGGCCAGGCUGUCUUCAUAUCUACCGCUUUGUUUGCCAAUUUUGUUGUUUGGGGUGGGCAAGUUUGUUCUCUAG